GAGGGGAAGGUGGAGGAGAGAAGAGGGGGAGUGGGGAAGAGCCGCCGGACCUGGGGCCUUGAGGCCCGGGAGAGCCGGGGAGCCGGGCCGGCGCGCCGAGAUGCUGCUCGUGCUGCUGGCGCCGCUCUUCUUCGGGCCCCCGGGCACGGGCGGGGCGCAGGCCCCCAACGCCACUUCAGCAGGCUGCCAGAUCAUACACCCGCCCUGGGAAGGAGGCAUCAGGUACAGGGGACUGACUCGCGACCAGGUGAAGGCUAUCAACUUCCUACCUGUGGACUAUGAGAUUGAGUAUGUGUGCCGGGGGGAGCGCGAGGUGGUGGGGCCCAAGGUCCGCAAGUGCCUGGCAAACGGUUCCUGGACGGAUAUGGACACACCCAGCCGCUGUGUCCGAAUCUGCUCCAAGUCUUAUCUGACCCUGGAAAAUGGGAAGGCUUUCCUGACGGGUGGGGACCUCCCAGCUCUGGACAGAGCCAGGGUGGAUUUCCGGUGUGACCCUGAGUUCCAUCUGGUGGGCAGUUCCCGGAGUAUCUGUAUUCAGGGCCAGUGGAGCACCCCCAAACCCCACUGCCAGGUGAAUCGAACGCCACACUCAGAACGGCGCGCAGUGUACAUCGGGGCGCUGUUUCCCAUGAGCGGGGGCUGGCCCGGGGGCCAGGCCUGCCAGCCCGCGGUGGAGAUGGCGCUGGAGGACGUGAAUAGCCGCAGGGACAUACUGCCGGACUAUGAGCUCAAGCUCAUCCACCACGACAGCAAGUGUGACCCAGGCCAGGCCACCAAAUACCUGUAUGAGCUGCUCUACAAUGACCCUAUCAAGAUCAUCCUCAUGCCUGGCUGUAGCUCCGUCUCCACGCUUGUGGCUGAGGCUGCCAGGAUGUGGAACCUCAUUGUGCUUUCCUAUGGCUCCAGCUCACCAGCCCUGUCAAACCGGCAGCGCUUCCCUACGUUCUUUCGAACGCAUCCAUCAGCCACACUUCACAAUCCCACCCGUGUGAAACUCUUUGAGAAGUGGGGCUGGAAGAAGAUCGCCACCAUUCAGCAGACCACUGAGGUCUUCACUUCGACUCUGGAUGACUUAGAGGAACGAGUGAAGGAGGCUGGAAUCGAGAUUACUUUCCGCCAGAGUUUCUUCUCCGAUCCAGCUGUGCCUGUCAAAAACCUUAAGCGCCAGGAUGCCCGAAUCAUCGUGGGACUUUUCUAUGAGACAGAGGCCCGGAAAGUGUUUUGUGAGGUGUAUAAGGAGCGGCUCUUCGGGAAGAAGUAUGUCUGGUUCCUCAUUGGGUGGUAUGCUGACAAUUGGUUUAAGACCUAUGACCCAUCCAUCAACUGCACAGUGGACGAGAUGACCGAGGCAGUGGAAGGCCACAUCACCACUGAGAUUGUCAUGCUGAACCCUGCCAACACCCGCAGCAUUUCCAACAUGACAUCCCAGGAGUUUGUAGAGAAAUUGACCAGGCGACUAAAAAGACAUCCUGAGGAGACAGGUGGCUUCCAGGAGGCACCGCUGGCUUAUGAUGCCAUCUGGGCCUUGGCAUUAGCCCUGAACAAGACGUCUGGAGGGAGCGGCCGCUCGGGUGUGCGCCUGGAAGAUUUCAACUACAACAACCAGACCAUCACUGACCAGAUCUACCGGGCGAUGAACUCCUCGUCCUUUGAGGGUGUCUCCGGCCAUGUGGUGUUUGAUGCUAGCGGCUCUCGGAUGGCAUGGACACUUAUUGAGCAGCUCCAGGGAGGCAGCUACAAGAAGAUUGGCUACUAUGAUAGCACCAAGGAUGACCUUUCCUGGUCCAAAAUGGAUAAGUGGAUUGGAGGGGCCCCCCCAGCUGACCAGACCCUGGUUAUCAAGACAUUUCGCUUCCUGUCACAGAAACUCUUUAUCUCCGUCUCGGUUCUCUCCAGCCUGGGCAUUGUCCUAGCUAUUGUCUGUCUGUCCUUUAACAUCUACAACUCCCAUGUCCGUUAUAUUCAGAACUCACAGCCCAACCUGAAUAAUCUGACGGCUGUGGGCUGCUCACUUGCAUUAGCUGCUGUCUUCCCCCUUGGGCUGGAUGGUUACCACAUCGGGCGAAACCAGUUUCCCUUUGUCUGCCAGGCCCGUCUCUGGCUCCUGGGUCUGGGCUUUAGUCUGGGCUAUGGCUCCAUGUUCACCAAGAUCUGGUGGGUUCACACUGUCUUCACAAAGAAGGAGGAAAAGAAGGAAUGGAGGAAGACCCUGGAGCCCUGGAAGCUGUAUGCCACAGUGGGCCUGCUGGUUGGCAUGGACGUCCUCACUCUUGCCAUCUGGCAGAUUAUGGACCCCUUGCACCGGACCAUUGAGACUUUUGCCAAGGAGGACCCCAAGGAAGAUAUUGAUGUAUCUAUUCUGCCCCAGCUGGAGCACUGCAGCUCCAAGAAGAUGAAUACAUGGCUUGGCAUUUUCUAUGGUUACAAGGGCCUGCUGCUGCUACUGGGCAUCUUUCUUGCCUACGAGACCAAGAGUGUGUCCACUGAGAAGAUCAAUGACCACCGGGCUGUGGGCAUGGCCAUCUACAAUGUGGCGGUCCUGUGUCUCAUCACAGCCCCCGUCACUAUGAUCCUGUCCAGCCAGCAGGAUGCGGCCUUCGCCUUUGCUUCUCUGGCCAUUGUUUUCUCCUCCUACAUUACUCUGGUUGUGCUCUUUGUGCCCAAGAUGCGCAGGCUGAUCACCAGAGGGGAAUGGCAGUCUGAGGCGCAGGACACCAUGAAGACAGGGUCAUCGACCAACAACAACGAGGAGGAGAAGUCCCGGCUGCUGGAGAAGGAGAACCGCGAGCUGGAGAAGAUCAUUGCUGAGAAAGAGGAGCGUGUCUCUGAGCUGCGCCAUCAGCUCCGGUCUCGGCAGCAGCUCCGCCCGCGGCGCCACCCUCCGACACCCCCAGACCUCUCAGGGGUCCUGCCUAGGGGGCCCCCUGAGCCCCCCGACCGGCUUAGCUGUGAUGGGAGUCGAGUCCAUUUACUUUACAAGUGAGGGGGUGUGAGGCAGGCUGAAAGGGAGAGGGGAGGGUUUGGGAGGAAGCAGGGCCCCCUCCCAUCCAAUCCAAUCCCAUCCCAUCUCAUCUCACCUCAUCUAUCUCUUGUAAAUCCACACACCCCGCUGUGAGUCUGGGGUUAUCUGGCUUUCCAGGACGCUUUUCUGGAAAAGUAGACCCUUUUCCCUGUUACUCGUUCCCACACCUUUAUAUCACUACUUCAUGUCUAGUUUGUGCCUGCCUUGAAGCCUGUCCCUCACCUGCUCCUGGGCAGCCUCACUGCCUACACCUCUCCCUUCUGUGCAACAUGCCCGUCUUGUUGCCGUGACAACGCUGCUGCUCCCUUUGCAGCCAGCAGGGGUCUCCCCCAAGUGCUCUUUCCUCCUUGACGGGGGCUUCUCUAUUUCUCUCCCCGUUACAGUCUCCUUCCAUCCUGCCUGCCACUCCAAACAUCCACUAGUUUUGUCCCUCUUGAGUUUUGCUUCCUCGGCGAACUCACUGCCCCUGCCUCUGCUCUGGGCUGCACAUGCUUCCUAACACCCUUGGGUCCUCCCUCCCUCUGGGCUGCAUAUGCUUCCUAACACCCUUGGGUCCUCCCUCCCCAGCUUGUUCCCACUGCCGUGCUCAUGUGCACAUGCACUUCCCACGUUUUCUUCACCCUCCCGUGGGCAUGCAGGCUCCUGUGUAUUCCCUUCACUCGUGGAUGCACGUGCCCCUCUUGCUGUCACGGGUGUACCAUUUGCCUAGUGUGCUGAGCCCUGGCUUCCAGACUUGGAUAGUCCUUGGUUUAUACACACACUUUCCCUGUGUACUCAUGGUACCUUGUGUACUACCCUCCCCCUUUGCACCUCAAAAUCAUUGUGUUCUUCCAACAGAGCCAUAUGUACCUGCCCUGCACACUGUUAUGCACUUUUCCCCAAUUCAUGUUUGGUGGGGCCACACCCUCUCAUCACACUGUCACACUGGGUUUUGCUGGAACUUUCCCCCAUCUCACCUUUGCAUUCAUGUACUACCCUUAAUCCACACCGAAAAUCAUCCUUCCCAAGAGGGUUGCCUUUGGUUUUGUGUUUUUCUGGAGCUAUUGAAACGGGGUCAGGUUUGGGGAGCUGCUUCCGGUGGGUAGUUGGUGAGAAUCCUGACCAAAGGAGGUGCUUGACUGUUGACAUGAACAGGUGGACCUAUGGGGCGGGAGGUGGUGUUCCUUUCAUACUGUGGUGUUUCUCUUGGGGAAGGAUCUCCCCCAAUCUCAAUAAACCAGUGAACAGUGUAACUCA